AAUUACCAUCAAACCAUUCACGCCCAUUCACAAAAAGAACCUCCCCCACCUCAUCAAAAAGCUGCAAUUCAUACCACCAUCUCCAUCACUCUCACAGAGCACUUCAUUUUCCUUCCUUGAAAGUUGAAACAACAACACCCAACAAGAGAAUUGUAACAAAAUCCAGUUGCACAAUAACACCAUGCAAUCUCCAUCUCCUUCUUUAACGCACCUCUUCCUCUUCUUCUUCUUCUUCUUCUUCUUCCUCUUCUUUUUCUGUAUUAGAGAAGCUAGUGCGGCUGCAAAGGCACCGAUGCCGGUGGGGAACAUUUCUACUGUGGAAGAUGCUGAGUAUUUCCAUAUUUACUACGGCCAGACCUUCAAAGUCAUAAAGAAUGGUGUGGAUGGCAAGAGCUAUCUUCUUAUCCAGAGUAAUUCCAGAAUGGCAAUCAAGACAAAAUACUGCACGGGAAGAAUCAAAUCGUUCAUAAUCCCUCUGGCUAAUUACUCAGUGGACCCUACAGAUUUUCCAGUGUCAUUCUUCGAGCUGCUAGGGUUAGUAGAGAAUUUGAAGGGCAUAACAACAGACGGUGUGAUUUCCAAGUGUAUACUGAAAUCUUAUAUGGAUGGGAACAUUGCGAUUGUAAAUAAGACAGAUACAUCGCAAAUUACACAAUUCGCAGCUCAUUUUGUAAGCUAUACGGACGGCCAGCAAUCCUGCAAUUUCGUCACCAUUGCACCAGCCGAAGAGGACACCCCCUUGCAGCGUGCAGAGUGGAUCAAGUACUUGGGCACGUACGCCAACUUGGAAGCAAGAGCUAAUCAAGUCUUCGAUGCAAUUAAAGGAAAUUAUAUAUGCUUGAGCAAAACAGCUGCAAGUAAGGCAGCACCCUUCAAACCAGUUGUAGCAUGGUUACAGUACAACGAGAGUGGAUCAAUGUGGUCUUUUACCAAGGAAGAGUACAAGUUAAAGUACGUGGAAGAUGCAGGGGGAGAGAUCUUGGACGAGUCUAUCAGCAGAAAUACAUACAACGUCUCAAUUCCGGAUGAUUUGGACAACUUCCACGCCAUACUCUGUACCAUUGAUGUCGUGAUCGAUGAAACGUAUGCACCGGAUCCAUCACAAUACAAUGUAUCAACGUUCACCAACAACGUUAACGUUGCAGAUAACUCUUGUUUCGCCUUCCUUACCAAUCAAAGCCUCUGGAGAUAUGACAAGAGAAUGCGAGACUCAUCGCCGCUCGACUGGUUUGAUGGUGGUAUGUCCCAACCUCAGCUAGUCCUAGCAGAUUUAGUUGAAGCCUUCUUUCCAACCGGGAAUUACACAACAACUUACUUCAGAAACCUCGCUAAGGAAGAAGGGGUUGUAAGCAUUGGUCCGGAGAUGUGCGAUAGAGAUAUCUCAACAGCUAUGGAUCCCACAAUAAUACCUUGCCAAUGAUACCAAAGUAAUGUAAUGUUCUUAUUUUUCUUAUUUUUCACUCUGUUUCAGCUAACCAUUAUGUAGGGCUGUCAACGGGCCGGCCCUGGGGUACGUCUCGGCCCGGAUUUUGAACUGUUUCGGGCUGGGCUUAUUCAAAUUUCUGAAUUUUCAAGCCAAGCCAAAUUUAUGGAAAGAAAAAAAAUCAUUUAAUAAAUUAGCAAUUCAGGAGCCUGUA